AUGAGCACGUGCAGGCCCUGGCGGGAGGCUGUCUUGAGCGACGACCAGCUGCUCAAGGUGCUGCGCUUCCAGCUGGACGCCCGCGCCCCCUUCCGCAGCAGCCACCGCCCGCCGCCGGCCGCGCUGCGCAGCAGCAUCCGCGGCGGCACGUCGCAGUUUCCGCGCCUUCUGGUCAAGGCGUCUAACCUCGGAAACCUCGGCGCUGUGCUCACCAUGGCGCGCCUCCUCGACGCCGCGGCGGGCAGCUCGGAGGCCAUGCGCCACUGGCGGCGCGCCGCCAAGCUGGGGCACGUCGAGGCGCAGCUGCGGGCCGGGAUGGCGUCUUACCACGGCAACUGCGGAGUGGCGCAAGACCCCGAGGCUGCGGCCAUGUGGCUGGGCAAGGCGCUGAAGCAGGUCCAGCCCGACCUGGAGGCGUCCCGCCGCCAGGGCAACUCGCAAGGGACGCCGCGCCGCGGCGACGGGACCGCCGCUGCCGCCGCCGCCGGCCCGGGCGCGGCCGCAGGCGGCGCCGGUGGUGGCGACGGCGGCGGCUGCGCGGCGGCGGUGGACGUCGGCAUGCGGCAGCGGGUUCUGCGGGAGGCCGCGCUCGUGCUCGCGUUCCUGCACUUGGACGGCGAGGGCGUGGCGCGCGACAGGGCGCGCGCGUGCCUGCUGUUCAAGGCUGCGGCGGGCGCGGGCUGCGCGGAAGCUGCGAAGAACCUGGGGACCAUUUUCCGGACCGGGCAAUAUGGCGACAGCUGCGCCUGGGGGGAGUGA